AGCAAGAUAAAAGAUAAAAGGGCUCCAGGUAACCCAGAUCACCCAGAUCAGGUCAAACCCAAACGCUCUUUUCCAGCCGCACGCAACCGGCUCAAUCAUGCUCAGAAAAUCUUUGUUGCUGGCCCUGUGGGCCAGCGGAGUUGUCACCGGAGCCCUGGCGGCCGAUUCAAAUGCCAACUUUGUCGAGUCUUAUGACCCUGUUGCGACUGUGGUAGGUGUUUCCUCACCUGGCGGAGUCUCUGAGCACUUCAACUUCCACAGGAACGCUGUCAGACACGGUACGGCCCAUAUCCUGCAGCGCAGGAAGCACAAGUCUAGCGGCAGCGGCAGCGGCAGUGGUAGUGGCAUCUGGGGACAUCAUAUUGGCAAACACACUACCACCAAGGCACAAGAGAAGACGACUACCAAGAAGGAGGAACCUACAUCCACGAAGUCGUCGACCACACAUACGGCUACCACCCAUACUACCACAGAGGAGAAGCAUACCACGACCUCCUCUAGCUCGAAGACAACUGUCUCUACUACAACUUCGACUUCAUCGACGACUACAGUGGCCUCAACCACUAGCAAAACAGCAUCUACUAAGUCCCCUGAGGCCGAGCAUUCUAAUACUGCGGUCCCUACGAAGCCAACCUCCACAACCACUACCCUAACAGCGCAGCACUCCUCUACUACUACUAAGGGGACAACCUCCGAAUCAGUCACCAAAUCCGCUGAAGCAGAACACGCAUCUACAAGCAAGACUCACACAACGACCAAGUCUGCCACUGGUUCUGCAGAGUUGGACCAUGCCUCGUCAACCAAAGCGGAGACAACCUCUAAAUCCACCACAAUUCCUGUCGAAGCAGUGCACUCUUCCACGACCACUAUAGAUACUACCUCAAGGUCAGUGACACGCUCAGUAGAGGCAGAGCAUGCAUCUUCUGCCGCAGGGAUACACACGUCUAUUCCUAACGUCACGACUACCUCGUAUCAUGCUGGCCACUCGGUCACAGAAACCAGUACGCAUACUAUCCAUACAUCUGGCGCAGAGCACUCGGCAGAGGCCAGCAGCGCACAUGCUAUCCAUACAUCUGGGGCAGAGCACUCGAUCACUACGAGCAGUGCACAUGCUAUUCAUACCCCUGACGCAGAGCACUCGGCUAGCGCAAGUGUUCAUGCGGUAACAGCCACCACUGAGGAGCCUAGCUCUGCUACCUCGACCGAGCCUAAUUCCGACGACUCGGGCAGUUCGAACAAUAGUGGCUCUUCUUGGUCUGAUGUUGGGAACACUAUCGAUAGCUUCGGGAAUGUUAUUGACAGCGCUGGUAAUAUCAUCUCAUCCGUCCAGAAUGGAGGCGAUGGGAGUUACAGCGACGAUGGUGAUUACAGUGAUGACUAUGACGACUCGACCGGUGAUGAUUCGACUAGCUAUGAUGACUCGACUGGUGACGACUCGACUAGCUCUGAUGAUACCACCUCUGAUGAUUCCACCAGCUCGAAUGAUUCGACCACUGACGAUUCAACCACAUCGGACGAUUCGACUGGCGCUGAUGACUCGACCACCUCUGACGACACCACCGACGAUGGCUCAGACGAAUACAACGACGACGAAGCCACCGGCGACGACGAAAGCUACCUAUACAGCUCAUCCGCCCUGUUUCACGGCAGUUCCACCUCGGCCGCCAUCCCCUCGUCCACCCCAGCCACCUGGAGCUCCCGUCCAACUUGGCCUCUUCCUUCCUCAACCUUCGCCAUCGUGGCUUCGCCGACUCCAGAGAUUACUCCGGAAGCGACAGUAUAUGUCUAA